AUGUAUUUCUUAUACGGGGCAACGCACGAAAACUUCGUCUGGGAAGCCCGCAUGGAGCAGGGAGUUAUCGACGUGUUCAGCGAGCUGUGGGAGACCGAUGAGCUUAUCGUUGCAUUUGAUGGCUUCAAUGUCUCGUUUCCGAACAGGACUGAUAUCAACUGGUCGCCAUGGCCACACUGCGACCAGAGCCCAAAGCGUAAGGGGAUGCAGGCGGUUCAGGGUCUUCUCAACUUCGCUACCAAUGGACCAGAUGAUGGUGGAUUGAUCCUGAUGAAAGGUUCCGCGAACCUUUUCGACGAGUUUUUCGCUUCGCAGCAUCAGGCCGCUGACCAUGAAGAUGCCCCGCCGCCAGAACUCGAAUGGGAAGACCUGUUUUUAUUCAAGGAAGAACAUGUACGAUGGUUCACAGACCGCGGCUGUGAGCUGACUAAAAUCUCUUUGGAUCCAGGUGACAUGGUCCUUUGGGAUUCGCGAACUAUGCACUAUGCGUGUCUUCCAAAGGGAAACAAUAUCAGACAUGCCCAAUACAUCUGCAUGACUCCAAAAAGCUUUGCCACGUCAGAUGCCUUGGAUCUACGAAAGAGGUGUUUCGAAGAAUAUCGUGGCACCACCCAUUGGCCUCACCGAAACAUCCACAUCACUUCAAUGAAACCAAUGCGGGGCGAAGUAGCCUGCCCGAAAGACCGUGACGAACCGUUUGAGAAACCAGUUAUCACAGAUCGAAUGCUAAGAUUGGUUGGUGUUAAAGACUAUUGA